CAGCCUCAAAUGUGAAAGGCUAUGGCGGUUGGCCAUUGGCUAAGGAGGCAGCGUGACUUGCAGUCUGCGAAAAUAAAUUUCGCACUCACUCCACUCACUCCACUCCACUCCAACGACAACUUUCUCGGACUGUUGCCUGCAAAGUAAAAAAAAUUGAAAAAGUAGAUAUAAAUAUAAUGCCUGUUGAUAGUGCAGCCGCGAGGGCUGCUAGAUUUGAUGUUCGACGUAAAAUAAAUGACGAAUUUGUAGCGAAUUUACGACACAAAGGACUUCAUAGUUUGUCAGGAGAAAUAGACCGCUGUCUAAAGAAAGUAUCUGAAGGAGUGGAAACAUUUGAGGAUAUUUGGCAAAAGGUCCACAAUGCGACGAACACCAAUCAGAAAGAAAAAUAUGAAGCUGAUCUCAAAAAGGAGACCAAGAAGCUCCGAAAGCUUCGUGAUCAAAUUAAAUCUUGGAUCGCGUCCGGUGAGAUUAAAGACAAAAGUACACUUGUCGAUACCAGAAAACUUAUUGAAACGCAAAUGGAGCGAUUUAAGGUUGUCGAAAGAGAAACUAAAACGAAAGCCUAUUCAAAGGAAGGACUUGGAGCUGCUCAAAAAUUAGACCCCACGACGAGGGAGCGAGAAGACCUGAACAAUUGGUUAAUUUCAGCUGUUGACUCGAUGCAAAUUCAAAUUGAUUCCUUCGAGUGUGAAAUCGAGUCCAUUUUAGCUGCAAAGAAAAAGCGCUUGGAUAAACAUAAGCAAGACCGACUCGACGAAUUAAAAACCUUCCUCGAACGACACAGGUUUCAUAUAACAAAAUUGGAAACUCUGAUGAGAAUGCUUGACAAUCUAGCAGCGGAUGUUAAUGAGCUUAGAACAUUUUUAAGUCAAGUCAAAAACAACAAAGAUGACAUCGAUUACUACUAGAGUCCAGUCAAACCUGAAUUUGAAGUGAAUGAAUUUAUUUACGAUGAUAUUGACGGUCUCGAUGACGAUUGUCUCGUCAGCCAACCAGUCGGCGGUGGUACGGAAGAAAAAGGAGCAGAAGAAGAGUUGCCAAUAUCAAUUACAACAUCUUCUGGGAACAACUCACCAAGUUCCCCCGUUCAUUCCAGUGAUGCUUCAGAUCCUGAAAAGAGGAGAAAAUCUUCAGACGACGUCUCUGUCAAAGUCGUCAGGCCUGUUCCGGCAAAAGCGGUGGUUCAGUCGAAUCAUAGUCCAAGUCCUGUAGCAGGAAAGACUGUCGGAGCGGUAGGAACACCCCCCAAGGGUGUCGGUACUCCAAAUAAUUCGUCUCCCAGCUCAGGGUUGUCCAAUCACGUCUCCUCGCUCUCGUCUCUGUCUUCGUCCCCCACUCACAACUACCACAAUGCUCUCAAUAACUCUAAAUCCAUAGGUAACGGUGAUGGCCACCCUGAUCUAACGGAGCACAAGGACGGCUCUUCGAUCACAGGUGGUUUAUGUUUUCGGGGUUUGUCCAAAUUUUCAGUCAUGGAUUCCAGCAUAAUUAGAGGGCCCUUGGGUGGUAUGUCAACAGUAAACGGGAAUGGGGGUCCGAUUGAUGAGGAUCAUUCAAGUCCACAUACUCAGUUAUUAACAUCAUGCAGUACACCAAUUACUGGAUCCAGCUUAACCAUGGAAAAUGGGCUUAUCUCCUCUUCCCCUCCACAAGAAACGACGUGUAGUAAUAACAACAACAUCUUGUUAAUGUCAUCCUUCUCCUCGACUGAGACAAGCGGUGUGAAUGAGCGCCCCUCCUCCCACUCGUCCCAACAAUUACAACUCCAACACCAACUCUUUGGAGACUCCUCAUCAUUAUUGUCAUCGACGAUGGAAUCACUUUCUAACUCAUCAUCUCUUCAGCAACCUUCUUCGCACAUUCAGCAAGCUUUUAAUGGACUUGGCUCCGUUACCGGGGCGGCGAGUAAUUUAUCUGAAGGAUUUGCGUCAAACCUGGGUGUUAGUAGUAAUUCCCUGAUUAGCAGCAUUAACAAUAGUAGUGGUAGUAUUUCUUGCAGUGUUAUUGGUGACACGUCUAAUGUGAUCGGACUACCUAACAUAAUUGGUGUGAGUAGUGGUGGUAAUCAACAAAUUAGUUCCACUGGGGAUCACAUCUCCAGCGCUUUAGUUUGUGAUGGUGGUGACGAGAGUGCGACGACGACGACCUCAGUUGCUAUCUUCUCCUCCUCUUCGAGUGGUGGUGUGACAAUGUUUGCUACGUCGAGUAACACUUCUAGUAGUUUCAGUGCGAGUGGUGCUGGUGUUUCCUCCAGUCAUAAUAAUUCCAAUUCGGGCAUCUUGUCUCAGCAACAUAUUCAUCAGUUACAACAGCUCCAACAACACCAAGGGCCCAUCAGUCAAUGUGAAACCAACCUGGACCCGAAUAUUUCAGAAUAUCUGAAAGUUCGGGAUCAAAUUUUGUUUAACGUUCGUAGUGAAUCAGAAUUCAUGGCUUCUUUGAAUUCCAUAGUUCACGAUGUUCUUGAUUCCAGUGUUGGGGAUAAUGCCUAUGUGAGUCCUGAUGUUCCUCUGCAAGAGGAGCAUCAACUUCAAUUCCAAAUGAUGGAAGCUGCCCAUCAACACCUUCCUGUUUCUGCUGAUAGUGAACGCAUGCGUCAGAUUUUACCCAGAAAUCCGUACCCAACGCCACUCUAUUAUCCACAACAUCCAUUAUCAAAUUCUGAUACCUAUGAAUUUUUCAACCGGCUAUCGGUAGAAACGUUGUUUUUCAUCUUUUACUAUCUGGAGGGAACGAAAGCGCAGUACUUGGCCGCAAAAGUUUUGAAAACACAAUGUUGGAGGUUCCAUACAAAAUACAUGAUGUGGUUCCAACGCCAUGAGGAACCAAAAGUGAUUAAUGAAGAAUAUGAACAGGGGACAUACGUGUAUUUCGAUAUAGAAAAGUGGGGUCAGAGGAAAAAGGACGGAUUCGUGUUCGAAUAUCGCUAUUUAGAGAAUAGAGAUUUGAGAUAAUCGCGUCACACAUCAAGCAAAAACAACAUAUAACAAGCCAUCAACGUUCUCAUUCAUGCUACUGAUGUAGUUGUUAAUUUUAAACAAUGUUUUUGUUGUUAUAUAAGAAACAUACAAAUUUUAAGCAAAUUAACUGUGUAUCUCCUCAUUGUUUUAUCAUCUCUCGUUAUUCUCCUAUCAGAUUUCGUAUAAAUUUUGACGGCGUUGAUUUUGUGGUGAAAUUUCCUUUAAAAUGACAUCCCAUAUUAAAAUUAUGGUUAAAUUUAAUUUUGGAUCAGACCCCCUGGCGCUGUGGGGUGUGACUCCAUUUUCUAACGAUCGAGAACUAAAAAUUAGAAUCACAAUGGCGAAAACGGGGUUGAUUAGAUAUGUUGAAGCGUUUCGGAGAUAUCCUGCCCACGGGCGGAGAGGUGGACGAACAAAGCGAUCACACUAAUGACUAAGCGCUGAUGCCACUUAAUAAUUAUGAGAAUUGUAAUUUCAUUAAGAGGUUGAUCUGUUUUUUUCUGUAAAGAUUAGCUUAACUGCAUAGAUAAAUAUUUCAAUGAAAAUUUCCAAUAUGAAUUAAAUUCUAGAAUGAGUAAUUAAGACAUAGCUUUUGAAACUGUUGUAGCAAUGCUUUUAUUAUGUCAACAGACGGUAGCAUGCGUGGAUCGUGUGUUACAAAGAUACAUAGACAAGGUAAAGUUUAAUAGUUAUAGGUUCAAGUUUUAAAUUGGUACGGGGUUAUGAAUUUCUCAAGAUCACACACACUAAGCGAUACGUGUAGCUUACUUUAAGGAAUGACCUUACUUAACAUAAUAUAUUACAAAGAAAA